CCGUUUAAUUGCAAGGACCCGUUGGAAGAAACAUUGCCACCUGUAAAAUUACAAUACAUAGAUCAUGUAGUUGGUAAUCAACCUGACCUGGAAAUGGAGAGUGCUUGUGAAAUGUACGAGAGCGUAUUUAAUUUCCACCGCUUUUGGUCAGUUGACGAUAGUCAAAUACACACCGAAUAUUCCUCUCUGCGUUCAAUAGUAAUGGCAGAUUUUCAUGAAAGAAUCAAAAUGCCUUUAAACGAACCCGCAAUAGGUCUCAAGAAAUCCCAAAUCCAAGAGUUUGUUGAAUAUUAUGGAGGUGCAGGUGUUCAGCAUAUUGCAUUGAAAACAGACGACAUUGUUACAAGUGUGAGAAAUCUUCGAACUCGUGGCUUGGAAUUCUUAACGAUCCCCUCCGUAUAUUAUGACGAUCUUCGUUCGCGACUUUCCACUGUUGACACUAAAAUUCUAGAGGAUAUUGCGAUUUUGCAAGAACUGCAUAUAUUAGUAGAUUUCGAUGAAGAAGGUUAUCUUCUACAGAUUUUCACAAAACCGUUGCAAGAUCGUCCAACGUUAUUCAUAGAAAUAAUUCAACGACGUAAUCAUCAAG